AUCUCAUUCACGCUGCCAGACAGACAGAAGCAGAGGAGCAAAGUCUACACUCCGAGGGAUCACCACCACUAAUCCGGUUUGAUGAGGCUUGAAGACAAGACGUUGGCUAAACUAUGAGAAGUUCCUCUCCACGCGCGUAAUUACGCACGCCCUUUUUUUCAUCUUUAAAGCUCUUUUGCCGUGAAGGAUGCUGGACCCAAAGGACUGUGAGGUGACAAUGACCUCCUCUCAUAAGAUUUCCUUUUCCAUUAUUGAUAUUUUGGACCCAAACAAAUUCAACAGCAAAAAAGCAAGCGAACUUUGGAUGGAAAAGGAGAAGUUUUCUGUUUCAAAUACAGAGGGAGAAAGUGUAGAGUCGGACAGCAGUGCAGGCGGAGACUUGGGGGCUGAGCGCACGAUAACAGGGGGAGAAAAAGUAGCAGAAUCCCCUCCAGCCUCCAAGCAUCAUGCAGUUGUUUCCGACUCCCAUCCUCUUUCCCCACAAGCUGAGGACCCAGAGUCCUGUCUCCCCAAGGAGGGGCGAGACGACGCAGAGCCAUCUGUCCCCCUGCAAGACCCCUCACCGCACAAACGACGGCGCCAAGACCAAGCCUGUGCCAAACCCCGGCGCGCUAGAACCGCCUUCACUUACGAGCAACUUGUUGCUUUGGAGAACAAAUUCCGCACAACUCGUUACCUGUCCGUGUGCGAGAGACUGAACCUGGCUCUGUCUCUGAGUCUGACAGAGACGCAGGUGAAAAUCUGGUUUCAGAACAGGAGGACCAAGUGGAAAAAGCAGAACCCAGGCGCGGACAGCACCUUGCAGCCAGGCGGAUCCAACCCUCUAAUCAAUGUCAGUACAAACCCGCCCACGUGUGGCUCAAGCCCCGCAAGUUUCCACCAAACUUUCCCCAACUUCAACUCUGGGAAUGUGAUCUUCCACACAGCCGGUGGAGUUCCGCUUUCAACCACUGGAGGGCUCCUGCAUCCCUUCAUAUCCAGUGGUUUUGUACAGCCCACUUAUUUUAACCCACAUCUAUGAAACCAGCUUAGACUGACACGUGCAGUUGGUGAUAUUGCAAACUUCUGCAGCCGAUUCAGCCUCAAAUGGAAGUUCAAGCUACUUCAGGGCAAAUCUUUACAGAAGAUAAACUAUUAAAUACUGAACUUUUGCUGCCCAGAUUGACUGUAAUGCCACGUCAUGUUCUACAAACAGAGGAGCAGAGAGGACGUGUCUUUUCUGUUAAAGGAGUUUGAAAUGUCCAGGUAUAUUGCUAUCUUCAAUGUUUUGACACGAACCCUAUCCAAAACUUGAACAUAAAACAAAAGGCCAAAUGCAACUGAUUCAAAAACCUAUUUAAAAGUUGUCAAAAGACUGCAACACUAUGCACUGUCUGUCACAUCAUCAUAUUUGCUGAAACACCUGCUCACAUUGUGUAUUUGACAGCUCAUACUGUAUCAUUUUCCUGCAUCUGUGUAUUGCCUUUACACCUCAAACUGAGUGCAACCAUCCAGCAGCCAGCUGUGUUUUCUGCACAGCUCAUGUCUGUUACCAUUCACACAACAUCAGCAGUGUAACUUCAUUAAAAAAACA